AUGUGUCCAUCUGGCCGUAACCUCCGUCUACAAUCUCCAACAUCCGAUUUCCGCCCGGCAUUCGACGUUCUCGACACCGAUUGCGAUGGUAAAAUAAGCCGCGAGGAUCUCCGUUCAUUCUACGCCACCAACAGCGGCGUCGGAGUUAGCGGCGGCGAUGACGCAAUCGGCGUGAUGAUGUCGGUGGCGGACACGAACAUGAGCGGGUUCGUGGAGUACGAGGAAUUCGAGAAGGUUGUUAGCGGUAGCGAUGAAAAGAGACCGUUAGGGUGUGGAGCCAUGGAAGAUGUGUUCAAGGUGAUGGACAGAGACGGUGACGGUAAAGUUGGUUAUCAAGAUUUGAAGAACUAUAUGGCUUUGGCUGGGUUUGAGGCAAGCGAUGAAGAUAUUAACGCUAUGAUUAGACUUGGCGGUGGUGAUGUUAACGGCGGCGUUAGCUUCGAUGCUAUUAGGGUAAACUGGAACAAGCAUUUACAUGGUAAUCCCAUGUAUGUUCUGUGGAUGAAGCUUAGGAGGUUAAAGCCAGUGCUGAAGGGUCUUAGCAUCCCUCUCCAUGAAAGAGGAUGGCACUAUUGUGAUUUCUAA